AUGACAAAAAUCAUAUCCAUAGCGAUGUCCAGCCAUUGCUUAAGACACUUACGACAACUGCGAUCGCAUUCGUGGCCACGGAUUGUCUUCUCGCGGGCAGCCAUCGCUUCAGGAGCUACCAGUGCCGCCGCUGUGUCCACCAAUCGACGGCACAUACACACCACUCGUGCCACGGCUGCCGCCGAUGACUACUACAAGACGUUGGGUGUGGACAGGAGUGCCUCCGGGAAGGACAUCAAGAAAGCCUACUACCAGUUGGCGAAGAAGUGGCACCCGGACACCAAUAAGAAUGAUCCCACGGCUGCCAAACGCUUCCAACAGGGCUUCCACUCCAAUAUAGAUCCCGAAGAGUUGUUUCGCAAUAUUUUCGGCGACUUUAGUAAGGGUUUCAAUGGUUCCCAGUCUUCGGGCGACGGCUUCGACUUCGAGUACUCGGCGCCACAGGAGUUGCAGUUGAGUCUCAGCUUCAAAGAGGCGGCCAAAGGGUGUACUAAAGAGGUGAAGAUCAGUGUCAUCGACACGUGUCCCAAGUGUAACGGUUCCAGGUGCGCUGAGGACCAUAAGCCGGUUAAGUGUCCCUACUGUCAGGGCACAGGUAUGGAAACGAUAAGCACCGGCCCGUUCGUGAUGAGGUCCACGUGCCGUAUGUGUCGCGGGACGCGACUCCACAUCAAACACCCGUGCCGUGAGUGCUCGGCGAUGUCCAGCCAUUGCUUAAGACACUUACGACAACUGCGAUCGCAUUCGUGGCCACGGAUUGUCUUCUCGCGGGCAGCCAUCGCUUCAGGAGCUACCAGUGCCGCCGCUGUGUCCACCAAUCGACGGCACAUACACACCACUCGUGCCACGGCUGCCGCCGAUGACUACUACAAGACGUUGGGUGUGGACAGGAGUGCCUCCGGGAAGGACAUCAAGAAAGCGUACUACCAGUUGGCGAAGAAGUGGCACCCGGACACCAAUAAGAAUGAUCCCACGGCUGCCAAACGCUUCCAACAGGGCUUCCACUCCAAUAUAGAUCCCGAAGAGUUGUUUCGCAAUAUUUUCGGCGACUUUAGUAAGGGUUUCAAUGGUUCCCAGUCUUCGGGCGACGGCUUCGACUUCGAGUACUCGGCGCCACAGGAGCUGCAGUUGAGUCUCAGCUUCAAAGAGGCCGCCAAAGGGUGUACUAAAGAGGUGAAGAUCAGUGUCAUCGACACGUGUCCCAAGUGUAACGGUUCCAGGUGCGCUGAGGACCAUAAGCCGGUUAAGUGUCCCUACUGUCAGGGCACAGGUAUGGAAACGAUAAGCACCGGCCCGUUCGUGAUGAGGUCCACGUGCCGUAUGUGUCGCGGGACGCGACUCCACAUCAAACACCCGUGCCGUGAGUGCUCGGGUAAGGGACAGACGCAACAACGGAAGACCAUUCAGAUCCCGGUGCCGGCGGGUGUGGACGACGGACACGCGAAACGCAUGCAAAUCGGCAAUAAGGAACUGUACAUCACGUUUAGGGUCGCCCGCAGUGACUAUUUUAAGCGCGACGGCGCCGACAUCCACACCGACGCCGACAUAUCACUGUCGCAGGCAAUACUCGGAGGAACGGUAUCCGUGAACGGACUCUACGAGGACGUGACCCUUAAGAUACCGUCGGGAACGUCGUCGCACAGCCGCAUACGACUGGCCAAUAAGGGCAUCCGGAGGGUCGAGAGCUACGGCUUCGGCGACCACUAUAUUCACCUCAAGAUCCGAGUCCCGCAGUACUUACAACUAAUGGAAGUAGGUAUGAAGCAAUACGUGUCGGAUGAGUUAUCAAAACCUGACAACUUUUUGGUCGACCAUUUAAUCAAGCACUUUGCUAAAGCGGCCACUAGUGUCUCGAUUCUGAGGGUGCUUGCUACAAUAUACUCCGAUUUAUUAAUCUUGACCACUGAUCGUUGGAUCUGCACCGGGAGCUCAAAUCUGUCCAUGCUGUCCAUCAAAAACUUCAAAGCCUUAGGAAAACCCCUCGAGAAGACUGUCAACUUUAUGCUCAGGGAUGUGGAGCACGUGCGGGGCCUAUCGCACCCACAUAUCGUGGCCAUGGAGUUCACGAUACACGUGAGGGACACACAGACGGACUUUCAUUCGCUGUUUGCGUUCAUAUUCAUGGAGCUCAUGGACGGCAGUCUUAACGCACUGAUUAAAAUCUACCAGUGCCUCGACUUGGAUGAGACACUCAAUUGGUUGCAACAGAUAGCCGGCGCUCUGCUCUAUCUGCACGACAAUCAGAUCAGUCAAAUGGAUAUCAAGUCGGAUAACAUACUGUUCCGCACGGGUCUCUCCAAUCAGCUCAAUGUCUACAAACUGACAGACUUUGGACUCUCGAGUCGGCCAAUGGUUAGCCGGGAGGUCGCCGGCACCGAGUGUUUUAUGGCCCCCGAGCUCAUUGGGGUGAUGGCCCAGUUCUGGCAGGUGGCCGGUUGGCCCAUAGACAUCGACACCAAACAGGCAGAUGUGUAUGCAUUGGGCAUAACGGUGGGCCAGUCGUUGAUAGGCACCAGGUGUCUGGAGCCCCCCAGAUGCUAUGCCGACGCGAUGCUGUUUAGCGACCUCUACCAUCCCCGCAAAUGGGUGACCGACUAUCUCGUGAUAACCGGUAAGUUCCUGGAAAGCCAUCCCAUCAUUCAAUUGGUGUUUAGUAUGAUUCAAAAAGACCCGCAUAUAAGGGUUACCAGUAAACAGGUGGACAGUUAUCUCCGGUCAGUGCCCUAG